UGCUCUGGGCAGCGGCGGCAGCGGCGGCUCCGGGGGGCGGCCCCGGGGACAGCCCCGCUCCCGGUGUCUUCGGCCGCGUCUACCGGGGCACCGUGAACAUCAGCGUGGAGCGGGUCUACGCCUUCGCCUACAGCAGCAGCGAGCCUGGGCAGGUGGAUGCAGUGCGAGUGUACGUGAACAGCAGCUCUGAGAACCUCCAGUAUCCUGUCCUGUUUGUAGUUCGCCAGCAGAAGGGAGUGCUGUCCUGGCAAGUUCCACUAAUUUUUCGUGGCCUCUAUCAGAGGACAUACAAUUACCAAGAAGUGAGUCGGACCCUCUGUCCCUCUGAGCCAACAUCUGAGACAGGACCCCCUGACCAGAUUAUAUUUGUGGACGUCUCUUCCAUGGCACCAUUUAAUAUUGCAUAUGAGCUGCUAGUCACCAGGCUCGAGAACUUCCAACUAGAGACCAGUAAAGCCUUUAACUUCACUGCCAGCCCCUCCCAGCCCCAGUAUUUUUUGUAUAAGUUUCCUGAGGAUGUCGAUUCAGUCAUUAUUAAAGUGGUGUCUGAUGCAGUCUACCCAUGCUCAGUGGUCUCCGUCCAGGAUAUUGUGUGCCCAGUGUAUGACCUGGACCAUAAUGUGGAGUUCAAUGGUGUUUACCAGUCUAUGACAAAGCAGGCAGCUAUAACUGUGCAGAGAAAGGAUUUCCCAGGUGAGCAGUUCUUUGUUGUGUUUGUCAUCAAGCCAGAGGAUUACGCCUGCGGGGGUUCUGUGCCUUCUUCUAUUCAUGGGAAUGUCAACCGUACCUGGAACCUGCAGCGGACGAAGAACCUUCAAGUGACAAUUGUGCCCUCUAUUAAAAAGUCUGUUUAUGUCCAGGCCAUGUUCUUCAGCUUCCUGAGCUUCCUCUCCUUUUACCUGGGUUCAGUGGUGGUUGCUUUCGUGCACUACAUCAGGGUUCAGAGGAAGGCUGCAGCUGGGAGAUUGAGUCCUGAGGAUGGAUCUGGGAUUAUGACAUCUUCACACCCCAUCACAGCCAACACCCCUGAGGGAAGCAGCUACGGUGCUAUUGAUGAAUCAAGCUCCAGUGGUGGACAACAGUUGUCUUCCUCUGAACAUGGGCCACCAGCUGGUUCUGACACAGACAGCUCUGUGGAGGAGGAAAGUGACUUUGACACCAUGCCAGAAAUUGAAAGUGAUAAGAACGUCAUCCGCACAAAGGUGUUCCUCUACUUAUCGGACUUGUCCAGGAAGGACCGAAGGAUUGUCAGCAAAAAAUACAAAAUCUAUUUCUGGAACAUCACCACCAUUGCAGUGUUUUAUGCCCUGCCAGUCAUCCAGCUUGUCAUCACUUACCAGACGGUAGUGAAUGUGACAGGCAAUCAGGACAUCUGUUACUACAACUUUCUGUGUGCCCAUCCCCUUGGAGUGCUGAGUGCCUUCAACAACAUCCUCAGCAAUGUGGGCCACAUGCUGCUGGGCUUUCUCUUCCUCCUCAUUGUGCUGCGCAGGGACAUACUCCACCGCCGGGCCAUGGAGAUGAAAGAUACCUAUACUCUGGACUAUGGGAUCCCAAAGCAUUUUGGUCUCUUUUAUGCUAUGGGCAUCGCCCUGAUGAUGGAAGGUGUGCUCAGUGCUUGUUACCAUGUCUGCCCUAAUUACUCCAAUUUCCAGUUUGACACCUCCUUCAUGUACAUGAUCGCAGGACUGUGCAUGCUCAAGCUCUACCAGACCCGCCACCCAGACAUCAAUGCCAGUGCCUACUCUGCCUAUGCCUCGUUUGCUGUGGUCAUCUGUCUGGCUGUCCUUGGAGUGGUGUUUGGGAAGAAUGACAUGUGGUUUUGGGUCAUUUCCUCAAUGAUCCACGUUUUGGCCUCACUGGCUCUCAGCACCCAGAUCUACUACAUGGGUCGCUUCAAGAUCAAUGGCCCUGACUCAGACUUGGGGAUAUUUCGUCGGGCAGCGAUGGUGCUGUACACAGACUGUAUCCAGCAGUGCAGCCGACCAAUGUACAUGGACAGGAUGGUGCUGCUCAUUGUUGGAAACUUGGUCAACUGGUCCUUUGCUAUCUUUGGGCUGGUGUACCGGCCCAGAGACUUCGCCUCCUACAUACUGGGGAUCUUUAUCUGUAACCUGUUGCUGUAUCUGGCUUUCUACAUCAUCAUGAAGCUCCGCAGCUCUGAGAGACUCCUGCCGAUCCCCCUGUUCUGCAUCAUGGCCACAGCAGUGGUGUGGGCAGCUGCACUCUACUUCUUCUUCCAGACCCUCAGCAGCUGGGAGGAGACUCCAGCAGAGUCCCGGGAAAAGAAUCGUCCGUGUAUUCUGAUGGGCUUCUUUGAUGACCAUGAUGUCUGGCACUUCCUCUCUGCAGCUGCCUUGUUCUUCUCAUUUCUGGUCCUGCUGACUCUGGAUGAUGACCUGGACAACGUGCGCAGGGACAAGAUCCCGGUGUUCUGAGCCCCCAUGGGAUGGAGGCAUGGGGCUGUCCCAAACUGCUCAGCCAAAGGCACCGAGGCAUUGGCACCUGUGAGGAUUGAGCCUUCUUCUGUGGCCGACAACCCCGUGGGAGCAAGGGGUGCCAGAUCCCACAGCAAGCAUGGAAGGGUUCUGCCAGAUCCCACAGCAAGCAUGAAAGGUGCUGCGGUAACUGAGGUGGGACCGGGAGGGGACAGGAUGUUUGCUCCUUUCCCACCACACCCUUUGGGGCACGUAUGACCCAGCAGCUGAGGCCAGUGCACAGCCCUCUGGGCUGUAGGUUCAGCAGGUGCUGGAGCCUGUGAAGAGGGAGGAAACAAAGAGGGGUAGCUUUGCUUCCUUUCCUCCCUGCUGAUGUGCUCUGCUUCCUCCCCAGUAAGUGCCACACAGGUCCUCCUGCAUCAGCAGCUGGUUGCCAGUAAACAAGGGGCUGCUGCCCUCACAGUGUCCCUCCAGCACCACAGGGAGAGUGUUUGGUUCCUAACCUGCAGCCACUGAGUGAGUAAAGGACUCCAAGAUGAGGUGGCAGCAGGGACUGAUCUCUGGUUGGUUGGCUUGUUUGGCUUGUUUGUUUUUGUUGGAGAGGCUGUUCUUGUAGCUGUCAGGAAGCCACAUUUACAAGAGAAAAAAGCUCAUGGGACUGCAAGGUCAGAGAGAGAUGGUGGAAUAGCACUGCCCAUGAGUGCUCUGCCAGGAGAGGAACCUCCUGCAGACCUCUUGCAGCAUCUCUCACUUACAUGUGUUGAACAGCCCUACUUUUCUCUGGUGGCUCCUCUGCAAGUGCUUGUCACUGUGAUGGUCUCCUUCACAGCACGAGAGGUGCUGUUCUCAAGCAACCCUAAAAGAGAUGGUGUGAUGAAGCUGCAGCCUUAUGCACUGGGUAACUCCUUGACUCCUGCCUGGCUUUGCUAAAGGGUCAAGGGGGGAUGGGGAGGCUGUUCAGCAAUCUCAGGUUUUCUAUUUCCACAAGCUUGCUUUGGGCAAACUUGGCAAAGCAGGUUCCCUUAUGGGCUGGGGGUGUGGAGGAGGCUUUGGAGCAGCUGAGGUUGAGCUCUUUAGUUUAAGAUCUGGAGCAAACUUCUUUCUUCUCCAGCUUUUCUGCAUCUGAAAUAAGAUUUUUAAAUGGCUUUUGCGUUCUUCUUGUUUAUCAUUUAUUUAAAGAACAAGAAUAAGGUGUGAAUUUUUUCAGGCCUUACAUCUAAAAUGUUACCUGUUUGCUAAUUUUGAAUUAAAAAGUAUUAUUUGAGGCCUGCUGUCCUUAUUCUUGUCAUUAUCUGAGCAUUUUCCCUCUGAUGUAUGCACAUGUACCCAGUGAUGCAAAGGCUCCACUCCAUUUGGGCUUACCAAAGCAGACUAUAGGAAUUUCCUACUCCAGGAAGUCCGUAUUUCUUAGAAAGGUUUUGCACUAGCUUUCUUGUUUUGUUUUUUAAGUUGGAGUUUGUCAAGAUGGUCAAUAAAAUUCUUGGCUCCCUGCUAUGCAGGUUGAUGUGAAUUCUUGCUCCAGCAAGCGGCAGCAAGGAGGACACCUGGGAGAGAGGUGUCACACAGCUACUGUCAUCCUUAAGAACUUCGGAGUUUCCUGGGGAUUGGUGCAUAUAACCUGCUUGUUCUCUUAAUCAAAUUGCCUUUGUGGAGAUAACUGGAGUAAACAUCAGAGACUCUUGUUUGUUGCUGUAGCACCUUUGCAGAGUGCAGAGAGGGCUGGAGGAGGAAGGACUCAAACAUGGUGCCAGCAGCCAUCUUCCUGAACAGAGCUGCUCUGGAGACAUAGCCAUGUUCUGGGCAGGAUGUGCCAGCAUGUGCAGAAGGUGGUGGUGGUCCUUCUGUGAUGCAUUUUAUUAUAACACUUUGGGCUUUACUUGCAGUUUGGCAUGCAGAUGGAGUUGUGAGUGUUCAAUGAUGCUAGAAAUAGAGGUAGGUUUCUCAGGCUUGUUGUGAAGCAUGAGCUGCUCCUUAACAGUGUUAGCAUGGCUAUGGAGAAGGAGAUGGCACUUUUUUGUCUCUGAGUAGCAGCACCGGCAGAGGAGUAUCAGGCUGAGGAUAUUCCACGUUUUCCAUUCAGCCACCCUGCAGCCUCGCCAUAUGUUCUUGGUCUUUCUAAAAUGGCAGAAUCCAGUAUUAGCUGCACGGGUUGUCUGCAGCUUUCUUUUUCAUCCCAUAAGGAAAGGCUGCCAGGAAGUCAGAUGCAAAAAACUCUGCAAAUCCUUACUGCAAAUCCUUACUAGACUGAUCCACCCCCAUCAGGGGCUGUGGUGGGGCUGUGAUGCUCUGCAUGUUUAUAAACAGAUGGAGCCAGAGUUUCCAUACCCAGAGGUGUAUCUAUGUUUGACCUGACAGCUUUUUUUGCCACACAUGCUCUGUGCUGCCCUGUCCUCCCUCCCUGUAAAUGCAAAGGCUGCUGUAGGAGCCCAAGUGCUGCACUUCCAGUUCUCUGACCAAUGCGACCAAAAUUUAUUGUAAUAAUAACUUGGAAGUGUGCAGGGUGUGCUCUUAUCAGGGCUGUGCUUGGAAGGCAGCUGUUAACAUGCAGUGAUGAUGGCAGCACCACCCAUCCCAUCUCAUCUCCUCUUGAGUCCUGGCCCAGCAGCAGGAGGUCUGAGGCAUGGCUGCACAGAGCCCUGUUAAGCAUCUGUUGGAACAUGAUGGGCUCAUGUGAUGGUCACAUCACUUGCUGCUGGGUCAGCUACUAGAGCAAGUGGGGUAGUGCUUAGGGGCUUGAACUGGAGGAGGUGAAGAAAAUUUCCUGAUGAUUUCCUAAUUGCUGGCCUUGCAUGAACAGUCUCUUGCUCUAGCAAGUGUCUGGAAAGGUCCAGGUUCAAGCCCUCAGUGUGUCUGCAGGCUUUGUGUGGGGAAGUGCUCACAGGAUAGCAGUGCUGUGGUGGGCAGGAUAAAUCAUGUGGGAGCAUGUGGGGGUUUGAAUGCAGCCUGCCUGUAUUUGAGGCAAGGUCUGUCCUGCUCCUCUGGGACCUAGAAAGAGACAUGAAGGCCUUGUCUAAGGAGGGAGCUUGCCAGGUGGCAAACUGCUGGAGUGAUUAAAGGUGCUUGAAGUGGAGUUAUUGCCCUGCUGUUGCCUGAGGCUCAGGAACUGCACCAGCCUUUAAUCUUUUAACUGCUUGAGUCCAUGCUGCAGUCACACAUUGCAGCUGCAAUUGCACCACAUAAAUGCUGAGGAGCCCACUGAAUGUGUUUGUAUGAAGAGGUCAAGUCUUGGACUCCAGUGUGGUUUCUUGCAUGAAUUAGCAAAUGCUGCCUCUCUCAUUGCCCUUGAGCCAGAGGGAUGGGGAAGAGGGUGACACUAGCUGAAAAACCUGAUGAUCUCAGGAGGUUGUAAUCUUUGAUGUAGGUAUUCUGGGGGGAGCGACCACUUGAGCGAUCUGGUGUUGAAUCCUUGCUGUUUGUGAGUCUAAUCUGAAGUCCUUUCUGCUCACUGUGUUCCUAUCACAUGCCCUGCUCAGUCAGGCACAGGACGGGCCCUUGCCUUGCAGGACUGCCCCUGCUACUCUGUGUUUAGGUGUGGAGCAAGAUGAGCAGCUUUUCCCCUUGUACUACGAGUGUGUUCUGCUCUUUUGUGUGUUUUGUUUACUCUGUGUCUACAGAAUCAAGGACAGGGGACAAAGAAUUGGGAUGGAAGGAAUAUCACUUCUGUGUCAAACUGAAGAAGGGCUUGUAUGCCCCAAAUUUUGUCCAGUUUUGGAUGAACAUUUUAAUAAAAGAUACUCCUCCUCUCCGUGUCUUUCAUAGUCCACAGUCUCGGACCUUGUUCCAAACUUGUGUUUGUUUCUAGCCAGGAAGCUGGUUAUCUUCUCUAAAUGGGAAUAUGCAAAAAAAUUCAUGUUGAACAGUAGUUGGAAGGCUCGAUGUAGGAGGCAGAAGAGCAACAACAUACAAGCUCCCUGAGCUAAGCAGAGAUGCACACAGGGUGCAAAUGGCAAGGUGGUGGCAGCAGUGAGGGGGAGAGAGAGCUUGGAGAAUGGUGGAGAACAGCACAGAGAACAAGCAGAAAAACGUGAGAGAAUUGAAAUAAGUCCAUAUGAAGGCAUCUCAGGCCUGGAAGAUGGGAAGAAAGGGUUAGAAUCUUCUCUUUGUUGUGUCUGUGCCUCUAGCGUGAUGCAUCAAUUUUUAAAAUUUCCUCUGGCCUUCGCUCUGCCUGCCGAAUUCUGUUCAUGCUUCCCUUCUCCCACCUAGUGGCUGCAGGGUCCAGCCUGACGGGGCAGCUUCAGGGGUUCCUUGAUGUCUCUGGCUGGUGGGUUGUUGAGCUGGGCACAUGGGCACCUCUGUAUCUUCCAGCUGUGCCAGUUGGGUUUGGCUGUGCAGCCCUCUGCACCUGAAAUGCAGCUUGUGCCUUUGGUCCCGCUGUCCUUCUGGUAACUGGUAACUUGGGGAGGGAAGAACAGUUCCCUGGGUAGGUGGGGGGACCUUGGUUUGCGGGUGUCAGUGUUGGUUGGAGGUGUGUAGGGAAAAAAGCAGAGGUUGUGUGUUGUGCUAGGAGGUGAGGGGGCCCUUCUGCUCCCUGUGGGACAAUAGCAAGGUCCCUGCUCAUCCCUACCUGUGCUCAGCACAAACUGCUUUAGCAGCUCUUGAAAGGGAAGCAGACAGUUCAGUUUUCUGGUGAAUCCCUUCCUCACUGAGUUUGAAGUGCUCACUGUAGGGGCUGAGGAGCUUGAAGGCAGCAGGAGCUGGGCUGGCUGGAAGUGGCAGCUGCCAGAGUAACUCCAAGUGCUGUGGAAGCUUCACAUGCCCAGGAACACCAGCCCUGAGCUUUCUGCAGGUAGGUAUUAAAUACCCAGGCUUAUCUGCCGAUUUAUGAGAUACAGCUGCUGGCUUUGUAAGAGCUACUAACACUUGGCUUUGUAUAAUUUUUGUGUUACACCUCCAGCAACACCUUCUCUUUUUCUGCACCAGCUUAGGCCUAUUAACAUUUUCCCAAAUAAAAGCCAGCGCAGCGCUGUGGUUGAAUUAAGCAAUUUUGGCUGCUGCAUGGCAAGAAAGCUGCUGCUGAGCAGGGUCUGCUCUACCUCUCCCCCACCUUGCAAUGUGACCUCUCUUUUCCCUCUCCUGUGCUCUCUCCUCUUUCCACAGCUCCUGGGCACCUGAAGAUGUCUCCUCUCUCCCACAGCUGAGAGACCUAAGCCAUAGAGAGGUCGAUACUGCCAUAUAGUCCCCAUUUUCUCAGGAAAUGUGGGUAAAGCUGUUGUUCCGCCUGGUAUAACUCGAGGGAGACAGAAAUAGGUUUUGUACAAAAAUAAUAGAAAUAGCUUUUGUACAGAAAUAAUAAAAGCUCUUCACAGUGUAGGGAAGCUAUUAGGCUUGUGCAAGCUGAGUGUCACAACUACCACCAGUAACCAGUUUUGUAGACAGUGUUAUAAAACCUCUGGGAUGGCAGAAGAGUAGCCAGCACGGGAGGAGCACACUGCACUCCACUCAGACAUGUGAAAGCAUAGUUUUAGGGAAAAUGUGAACUUUUCCACAGCUAAAUGUAGAUUUUAUGCUUACCAAACAGCAACAUCUACACAAAAAGAGCAAAAGGGUCUUGGAGGGGCAUGUGUGUGGGGCAGUUAGCAAUGACAGGCAACAGGAAGAUACUGAGUUUAUCUGGCACAUUACCAGGGUGUGUUUGGGACUGUCCGUGGGUAUGCACCACCUCUGCCUUAAGAUGGGGGAAGAAACAUUCUGAAGCCAGUUCCACUUCUGCUUUUGUCUGUGGUUUCCCUCACGUACACAAGCAUGUGGCUUGUGUACCAAGCAUUUUUAUGACCCUGGCUGGCCCCCAGCAGCUUUCAGUCUGGAGGGCUGACAAGCAGGAACUCUGCCCCGGGGGCACUGGUGCUGGGUCCUUGGUAGAACGUGUGCCAGCAACCCUGCUCCAUCUACUACAGGACUCCCAAGAUCCUUCUCCACAGGACUGCUUUCCAGCAGAUCAGCCCCUAAUCUAUACUGAUGUGUGGGGUUGUUCUGCCCCAGGUGCAGAGUCCUACAUUUGCCCUUAUUGAACCUCAUGAGGUUCCUCUCUGCUCAGCUCUCCAGCCUGUCCAGGUCAUGUUGGAUGGCAGCACGUCAGCCACUCCUCCCAGUUUUGUCAUUGAUGAUGAUGUCCUGCACACUUCUUGAUGUCCUACUGAACUAGAGUGAUGUCUGACCACAACUACAUUAAACUACAGAUGUUGGCUGUUACUGAAGUAACAAAAUAGAAGCUCACAUCUGUCUUAACAGUAAAUUUAAUUUAAAAAAAAAAUAUCUUCUAUAAAGGCAUCUUCUGUAACCAGAAUUUUGUUGUUUACAUGCAAGACAGCCUGGAGCCCUUGAAAGGAAUUGUUUCACAGCAAUUCUGUGAGCUCCUCCUGUGUUAUGCAGCCUCCCAAAAUGCCUUGCAGCAUCUCUGUACCCUUCUCAUUCAAACCACAUCCUUUAGAUUCAAACUGUGACAGAAGAACAGUUUUAGAAUCCUCUGCAACCGACAGCACGAGAAGCAUUUUACAACAGUGAAGUUUGUAUCAACACGGGGAUCACUGGCACCUGGGCAGGGACAGCGUCUGCCAUUCAUUACUGAGAUACUUUACUAUUAAUGUAUGUUUCUUCUGGACUAUGAAUUUUUUUUAUAUCCCAAUACAGUGGUGUAUAACUGAAAUGUGUAGAGAACAGACAUCAGUAGAGAGCUAUAACUGUAAUUUCCACUCUCAAAACAAAGCUUUUAUUUUUUAACCUGUCUUGAAGAGUGAAGUGCAUGGCUUCUUCCUAUGGGAAAAGAAGCUGUACCAAAAAGAACAAGGUAUUCAGAGAGGGGGUUUGUUUGUUUUUUUUAAUAAAAUACUAUGAUGUUCAUAUCUAUACAAAUAAUAAUUACAACUAUUAAACAAAGUAUUACAUUUAACAAUAGAAAUCUCAGAACUCUGAACAAGAUCAUGGUUUGGGAUAUUUACACCUGAAUGCAACACAUUUGUAAAAAGAUGUCAAAAUAAACAGAACAAGAUCUUAUUUACAACUGGAAGAUGAUGUUCCUGUUCAUUCAUUAUCGAUUUCUAAUGCAGAGUUCCUUUUUUUCCAAAAUAGUAGAGACUUUCCACUGGGGCUGUAUCCAAGUAAUUUACAGCUGUAUAAAACAGAAGCACAGCAGAAAACUCUAGACUGAAUAUAAAUAAUUUACAUCAUGGAGGGCAACAGCAUCUUUGAUUAAUCUCCUGUGGCAAAAUCCGUAUUUGCUUCCCUUCUCACAGUGAGCAGGCAGGACCAGGGGUAACAACCCACUGUGAGCUUGGUUGUCUCACAUUUGUGACUGCUGAAACAGCAACUCAUGUUGCAAACUUAAAGAAUCAUAGAAUCAUAUGAUUUUCAGGGUUGGAAGGGAUCUUUUAAGAUCAUCUAGUUCCAACAGCCCUGCCAUGGGCGGGGAAACCUCCCACUAGAUCAGCUUGCUCAGAGCCCUGUCCAGCCUGGCUUUAAAAUCUUCCAGGGAUAAUUUGGAACCUACUUGUAAAAAUAUUUUCGGUGAGGCAGAAAGAAGGACUUAAUUUAUUAUUAUUUUUUUUUAGUCUCUUAGAACCUGGCCUCAUCAAAUAAUAAAUGGCUUCUGUGUAACUAAGCAAGGCUUGUUUGCAGAGAGAAGGUGGUUUUGUAUUGUCAUGACCAAAAACCUCUACUAAAUCUUUCACUGGUUCACAGAACAACUUGCUCUCAAUAGGACUAGUGGGAAUAAAGUGUUGGUGCUCUGUGGUUUUAGAUUUAUUUGAAGGACUGCAGAAACAAGAAGAGGUUGAAAACAUCCCUACGUGCAAACCUGUGUCUGCACUGGCACGCCUGUCCGUGUGGCUGCUACCCAUGCUGGAUCAGUGGCAGCAGGAGAAGGGAACAGCAGUAGCAGAUAACUUAGGUUAGGUGAUGGUAAAGAAAUGGAGCUCCUUAUACCUCUGUAUCAGAAAAAAAAUCAGAAAACAAAUUUGACUGAUUUGGUAUAAAUACAUUCAAUGCAGCUCUGCCUUUCUAGUCAAAGUGAGAUAAUUUCUAAAGGGAUGAACAUGUAAGUUAUUAGGGGAAAAGCAAAAGCACACAGCUCAUAGCACAGCUGCCUACACUUACAGGCUACACAUGAACAGGCUACAGUGUGAGUUCAUGACCAAGCACCUCUGAAUCAGGUGAAAAGACAAGAGGAGAUCAGAAAUAAUGAAAUUACCUCUUUUCUCCAGCAGUGCCCUCUACAGUUGCCCUGACACAUGAUUUCUUUCCCAUGACAGCACUACAGUCAGAAACCAGAGCAGUGCAGCUUUAAAGUGCAGUAGAAAAUCUGUGCAAAAUUCAGGAGGUUCUGUAUUAGCACAGGCUUUUUUUUUCUUUCAGAGUCACUCUUCCACCUGGGCAGCAGUGUAGUGACUGGAGCUGAGAGCAGGAGCUAUAACACAUAUUCCAAGUAAGCUCAGACAGUGGCUCAAAUCACUUCAGUUCUAGGUUUUGUUAGGGGCUUUUAUAUGAGGGUCUUUCUCUUAAUCAGAAGGUAUAUAAAGGUUAAUACUUUACUAUUUUAUUGCCUGCUUUCAGUCUGACUCUGCUUUUAUUCUCCUAGGCUUCUUAAGGGAUUAACCAGGGCCUACACUGACACACAGAAGUGAUCCAGCCCUGUACCCAUUUGCUAUUGUUUGUUGCAGUCAUUGGGGCCAAGCAGAAAGCCACAGAUAUAUAUCGCCUGUCAGCUGUGGCAAGCCUACCCUAGAGGCAGUGCUUUUUUUCUAUUUUGCUAAAUUAAGCAGUACUGGGUAUUUUUCCUUCCUUCAAAACCAAGACAAACUCCUACUUGGUGUAAGUAACCAUCAAAAAACUAUUAUGGAAGAGAAAAUGCCAUUCUCAGACUAACACAUUGCAAUUAAACCCAUAAAAUCUUUUCCAAAUAUAUCUUGAAAAAUAAAGGAAUGGUUAAUUACCAGGUCAUUCUUAGGAGAAAAUACCUAGGUGUCAUAGGUAUUUGCUUGUCAAAUUGUUAUUGUAACGAAAGAAUUAUGUGAUCUGUAAGAUUUACAGAAGUUCCUUGCUCAUGCUUCCCAAAAAAAAGAAAGCAAGGUGAACGUUCCUUAAAGUCUUAGCAACCUGGUAACUAAAUACAACAGCUUCAAUCCUAGGGGACUGAAAAGAAAAAAAUAAAAAGAAAAAAAAGAAAAGAAAAAAAGAAA